AUCAGAAUUCAGAUUCAGAACAAACGCCGGAGAAUGCCGGAUGCCGGAUUGCCGGAGAAAUUCAAACUUAGCAGUGAUAAGAUUUUAAAUUUGAUACUUUAAAUUCCGACGCUCCAGUGUUGGAUUCCAGAGUGUAUUUUCAAGUUAACGAAGUAGUAUUGAAAUGCUUACUCAAUAUUUAUUGAGCCCAUUCUGAUUUGAAUUUGAAGCUAUCCUCGCAGCAAUAAUUAUGCCUCCGGACACGAGACGUAUUACAGCACCAUUUACGACGACAGACUAUCGAGUUUAUUCGAUCAACAAAUCUGAGAAAAAUUUGAGGGAUACGAUAACACACAGCAGACCAGAUGGUCGUCAACAUGAUGAACACAGAUCUAUAGUCAUGAAGACGGGAGUCAUUAGCCAUGCCAAAGGAUCUGCAUAUGUGGAGUAUGAUAAAACGAAAGUAAUCUGUUCAGUUUUCGACCCUAGAGAGAUUCCGAAUCGAUCAGAUUAUUCUCUCAAUGGAGAAUUAUACUGCGAAUUCAAGUUCGCUCCUUUCAGUUGUGAGAAAAGACGCGGUUACCUAAAAGAUGCGGAAGAACGUGAACACAGUAUCAAUCUUCGUAGAGCAUUAGAACCAGCAGUUAUGAGACAUCAGUUUUCCAACUUCCAAGUUGAUAUUUACGUGCUAGUUAUUGAAAACGACGGAUCGUGUUUAGCUGCUGCUAUCACUUGCGCAAAUUUAGCUUUGGCAAAUGCCAGUGUGCCAAUGCACGACUUAGUUACCGGCGUUUCAUUAGGCUUAUUCAAUGAUUGCACAUUGAUUGAUCCUAAUCGAGCCGAAGAAUUGUGCUGUAUGUCGAAACCGUUUUUAAGUGGUUCGAAACAAGGUACUAUUACAGUAUCCUACAUGAAAACUUUGGAACAGAUUACAGAAAUCGUUCAGAGCGGUGUCCUGAACACGUCAAAUAUCGAGAAUUACGUAGAAAUACUGAUCAAAGAAAAUGCUAAAGUUUACGAACUAGCGCGACAAUGCUUGGUUAGAAGUGUGUUGAAAUACUUGAAAGAUUCUACAGAGAAAGAGAGAGACGCCGCAUAAUUUUUUCCUAUCUGUAUUAUUGAAUGGUGUACGAACGUAAAUGUUAAAGAUAAAUGUAUUUACUUACAACGUAAUAUAAAUGUUUUUUAAAAAGCCUAAUUAUAUUUCGUUAAUUUCUAAUCUUCGGGUUUUUCUGGAGGAGGGCCGCAAGGUUGCAACAUACGUUCCAUCAAGUUGAAUUUAACUCUAGCCUUCGCUUCAUUUUCCACGAUAGCGAAAAAAUUCAACAUGUCGAAGUGUCCAAUAUAGGACGAAAACGAAUCUCUGUGUUGAUUCAAUAACCAUUCAAACUUGGUGGUAUCAGCGUGACCGGUUCCGACGUACUUCGAUUGAAGAUGCUCGAGCUGAGAAUGAAUAUUGUACCGAUCGCCCAUUGUGACGAAA